GUAGCAGACUGUCAAAACAAAUCGAAUGAAAUGUGUAAAAACUCUUAUGAUUAUGGUUGUGUGAAGGACAUGUCAAACCACACACGUUUAGACAUACAGUGAAGUGUAGCGAGCCAGAAUGUCCGAGUUACAGGCUACUCUCGAGUUCUCAGUUGAGCUCAAUAAAUUCUACAAUGUUGACCUAUUUCAGCGAGGAUUUUACCAGGUUCGGACUGCCUUAAGGACCCCUCCCAAAGUGCCAUCGAAAAUCGAAAUAACUCUCCAGAAAUCACAAGAAUUUGGUCAAAGAUUUGCAAGAAAAAGAGGAGAAAACAAUGAGAUUCCAGCCCAUGUGAUCAACGACUGGGCAGUGAGUCGCACAUUUCAAAUCCUGUACCGCAACGAAGAUGUUAGCAUCAAUGACGUCAUCCUUUACCGCUUUCAUACACUCAUCAAUAGUGCCAAGUUGGAGGAAGAGAUAUCCAAGUUGGAUAUUCAGUUGUACCUGGAGCUCUGGUUUACAGAAGAUUUGUGUGGAUCAGAUACAGUUUCCAGCCAGGUAGAGUGUGUAAGCCAGCGGAUGAUAAACCUCCAUGUAGCUCCCACCAAGGGCCUCCAUCACCAUAUCCCACUGCUGUUUGACUACUUCCACCUGUGUUGUGUGGAGGUCACUGUACAUGGGACCCUCAUUGCCCUACACCAACCAUUUGUCAGUGUCCCGAAGCAGCCAAAGACAGCUUGGUCCAGUAGAAAUCCUGAGUUAUCUACCCUUGAAACAGUAUACUUUGGAGACAGACCAAUAUCUUCUGACCCUGAUCAAUGCGCACCAGUGAACAUGCAUGCCUCAUGGCAGGUUCACCACCGUAUAUGUAACAUGCUGCUGUCUGCAUACGAGAGCCUCCAAACUACCUUUGAACAUUACCUCAACGAUAUCUGUGGAUCUCAGUUUAAACUUGAACAUAUUGACUGCCACAACAAGCUAGAGAAGAUGAUGGACAGUCUACGAGAUGCGGAUAAUGAGGAAGAUCUGAUCCAGAAUGCCACAAGGGACAUAACUCAGUUAUGUGCCGCUAAUGUGAUACUUUGGACACAGUUUCUUGAGACAGCUACCUUAGAUCAGGGAAUUAUAUUCCAUCUAGCCAAGGAGCACCAUGCUCAAAGGAUAAAAAGAUUGGCAGAAGGUUUCUUCACUCAUGAGUAUCAGAAGAAUGAAUGUCUAGCCUGCUAUGAACCAAGUUACCAUGGUCACAGUGACCUAGCAGCCAUGGUGCGUAGCUCCAUGUAUAUGGCAUCCUUACCUCCUCUUGACCUGGAGUGUUUGGAUAUAGAUGGAGACCAUACUUCACUUCCAAUCAUCUUCGAGGACAUCUACUUUGAUCAUGUCUCGCCACCUGACUCUGGUACAAAGAGAAGUUCACGAAGCAACUCCUUGUCUCACCACUUUACCCAGAAAACUUUACUGGACCCGCAACAGAAGAAUCGUCGAAAGAACAUCAUCAAGAACAUCCAGCCUCAUACCUUUAAACGGCCAUCCUCAUUUAACCUUAAAGACGCGGAAGCUGCCGCGGCUAAUCCCAAUAAACGCAAAGAUGUUUUGUUGGUUGGGUAUAAGAAAACUUUCGCCUCACCGAACGUUCAUAGUCGAGUGAUUGAAAAUGCUCUAGAGCUCGGGACUUUGAGUCCUCUAUCAUCAAUUGACCGUUCUUUAAGGUCGGGCCCCAUGUCUAAUUCAGUGUCUUUACCGAUUCUUGAGCGGGAUUGGAGCAGGAAUGAUGGCGCCAUGCCUGAGUAUAUGCAGGUUGCGCGUAGAUCACUAAGAGCAAAGAAACGUCAGAAAGGCAAGAAAUCCAUUAUCACCGUUGAUUUUGGUGGUUCCGAUCCUGAUAUGAGUAAAGACGACACUCCUCCAGACUCGGAAGAAGUGCAACCCAGACUGAAAAGAGCGCUAACUGAUCCAACCAGGCGUCAGUAUAGUAGACAGGAAAAUUCCAAUGCUCAAGAUGGUAGGUAUAGAACAUCCACUAGUCAACAAGCCAGUACUCCACUAAGUGGCGAACGUUUUUCGGACCAUGACAGUAAUUAUGUAAGUAGUGACUGUGGCAGUGUGAGUAAACCUAGUUCCAAAGAAGGAGCUCAUUUUCAAGACACAAGAAGUAGUGUAAAAAAACAUUUAGACUUCCAAGAUGAACUACAUCGGAAUCUCUCAGCUUGUUUAACAAAAGCUUUAGGUGAUGAUGGUCUUAAUGAUAGUGACAAGAGUGAUGAUGAAACGUGUAUACAGAAUGGCUAUGAUGCUCGAUGUGGAGAAUUUCUAGAAUCAGACGAUCAUCAUGACUCUAAUGGUGAGAACAAUAUACCAGUGCCAUUAAGUAAUUCUAAAGAACUAGUUAAUGGAGAUAAAGGAAUGGAAGCAAGAUCUGUACAACAAUCCAACCUAACUGUUAGGGAUAUAUUAAAGAACAAUACUUUGCAAUUAUCUAGUCCAGGAGGUAAAAAAUCUCAGAACGUAGGAAGUCAUUCCAGUAUAGGAAAUGAUGUAUCGAGUUCCAGCUAUGUUCAAAUGCGAGAAAGUCGCACAUCGCUCGACAGUAGUGUUGGUAGAACCAGUUCUUUGAAUGUUGCUCGUGAUGAUUCAGCAGGAACUCGGGAUUCUGGAUUCUUAACCGGUUCGCAAUCAACCAUAGCUUCAAAGGAGAAUCUAAAUAUCUUAUCAGACAGGGAGAGUGAUUCAGCAAAGCUUACAGUAAAUGAACUACUUAAAGAAGUAUAUGAACGAGACCUCGGUCAAGAUGUGUCAGACCUUAGCGAUUCUGGCGUGUCGGUCAUGUCAGCAAAAACAGCCCACAAGGCAUCAAGCGAUUCCAACCUGUUGCAUUCUAUGGAGGCGCUUGAGGAAUCAGGCAGCAGCCUGCAUAUAAAGGCCCCUGAUGUAAUGACGACGUCGGCAUCGUUCCCUGAUAUAUCACAUCUGGCUGACACCCCGAAGAUUAACCAUCCUCGCCUAGUAGAGAAGGUCGGCUACAGCACUGUCAAUUUCAUCACAAUGCGCGAGAAUCUAAAGAGUAGGAUGAAAUACCAGGGAAAUCUGUAUAGUUUAGUACAGGAAUGUGAGAGCCCAACCCUGGCUUCAGACAUCCCAUAUUUCCAUGUGCCAACAUCCACAGACGAUGAAAACCUUGAUGGCUGUCACCUUGUUGUCUGUGUACAUGGGCUAGAUGGUAAUAGUGCUGACCUUCGUCUUGUCAAAACCUACAUGGAGAUGUCGCUACCUGGUUACCGGCUCGAGUUUCUCAUGUCGGAGAGAAACCAGACGGACACCUUUGCCGACUUUGAAGUGAUGACUCAGCGACUUGUGAACGAGGUCCUCCAUCACAUAGAGAUGUUCGCACUCAAGGUGGCUAGGAUAAGUUUUGUUGGCCACUCCCUAGGCACGAUCAUUAUCCGUUCUGCAUUGACCCACAUCGAGAUGAUUCCACUGCUGCCGAAACUCUACACAUUCUUGUCUCUGUCUGGACCCCACCUUGGCACGCUCUUCAACAGCAGUGGACUCGUUAACAUGGGUAUGUGGUUCAUGCAGAAGUGGAAGAAGUCUGGCUCCCUGCUUCAACUCUCCCUCAAGGACAACCCGGACCCCCGCCAGUCCUUCCUCUAUACACUUAGUCAGAAGCCAGGACUUGAGUUCUUCAAGCACGUAUUACUGGUGGGCUCCUCACAGGACCGCUACGUUCCGUAUCAUUCCUCCCGAAUUGAGAUCUGUAAGGCGGCGCAAAGGGACAGCACUGGGCUAGGUUCUGUGUAUGCUGAAAUGGUAGCCAACAUCCUGAACCCUAUUGUUAACAACCCGAAGUGUAAGCUGAUUCGCUACGACGUGUUUCAUGCACUUCCGAGUACGGCCAACACAAUCAUAGGCAGAGCUGCACACAUAGCUGUUCUGGACUCGGAAAUAUUUAUCGAGAAAUUCCUGAUGGUCUGUGGACUUAAAUACUUCAAAUGAAGCUAGAUCAUGUUGCACAUGGAUUCAAGCACUCACCCAGCAAGACAUCAUUUACAGAGGAUAUAAAUCUUUUAUUAUCUGCAGGGAUGAAUAUUUCAUAUAAAGCUUGAUCGGCUGCAGUGUGUUCACAUUCUUUCUAGUUUUGUGACCAGCCAUUUUGCCGAUCUCAAUUCAGACAUUCUUGAGUGAAGGUCUGUUGGCUUAAGAUGUUAAUUCCAGAGCGAUGGUCUGCUAGCUUAACUUUUAAAUUCCUGAGCGAUGGUCUGUUCGCUUGACAUAUUAAUUUCUGAGCGAUGGUCUGUGGGCUCAAAUACUGAGCAAUUUUAGUAGGCUAAAUUGCUUAAUACCUGAGUCGUGAUCUAUUGGCUUAACUACUUUAUUCCUGAGCGAUUGUCUGUGGGCUAAAAUACUGAGUGAUUGUCUUUUGGGCUCAAAUACUAAAUUCCUGUGGGCUAGUAUUCUAAAUACAUGAGUGAAGAUUUCUGGGCUUAUUUAUUACAAAUAUGAAAACAAAACAUUUGAAUGUGUGUUAAAGAUGCAUUAUUUUUGUCAAUCAUUGCAAAAUUAAAGUGACACUCUUAUUCAAACUUGAUACACAUACAUGUAUAGCAAACAUCAAUUUUGAGAUAUAAACCUCUAUCAACUUACUAAAUAAGACAUUAAUGGCAAAUAUUAAUUACUGAUAACAAGAUUUUAACAAUGUAUUUAAUAGCUAAAAACGCAAAAAUAUUAGAUGAUGCUAAAAGACUUACUGUGAUCUACUUUCAUGUCAUAAGGUAGAAAUACCAUGUUUUCUGCACCUUUCUUUCAAAUUAAACUUGGUAUCCUUCAUAAGAACCAUUGUUUUCAACUUGUUUUCAUUCUUUUAGGUAUUUUAAAACAAUUGUAUUAGUGCAUCUUUAAGGUACUUUGGUGGAAAUAAAACAAAGUUGAAAAAAGCUGUUAUUAUUUUCUCAUUCAGUUGUUGAAACAAAAUUAUCUGGGUAACUUUAUAAGGUUGAUUCAAUUAAAAUAAUAAUCAUGUGAACCAGUAACUUUAAUUUGAAGGUUUUUGUUUGUUUUCAGCAUCAUUAAACACUUGGCAACAUGUUCCAUUAAAAAGGAGGAACGUUUUUCCGAAGACUUUAAAAUAUAAAUGUUUUAAUGGGAAACUUUCUUAAUGAAAUUGUCUUGUAAAUUUUGUUAACUCAUUGAGUGACUGUAUAAUUUGAUUACCUUGAUGUUACCCCUGUUCAGUACAGCACUUUGUGAAGUGGUUACAUGAUUAUAAUGUUAAAGAUGAAAGACAAAAAUGCGUUUUGAUUGUCCCUUGUUAUACUUAUAAAGUUGAACAUUUAUAAUGUAGUUAGAAAAACAGGAAUUUAAUAUUUUGUUGUUAUUUAAAGCUGCAAACUCACAGAUUGAACGUUUUGACAACUUUUUUUAUUUUAAGUCUUGGAACGAGCCAAUUUAUGCAAACAUGCAUGGAAACCAGUCAUAUAAGACUCCUGACAAAAAUUAGAUUUAAGUUAAAAAAAUGUUGUUUUAUGCAUUUUUUCUCAAACCUUUAGUAACGCUUUUAGCUAUAAAACAUUAAUUUACAGAUGGAAAUAUGAAAAUCUGUGAUCUGAUCUUUUGUCAGCAGUUUUUUAUCACUAGUUUGCAGAUACUUUCACAAAAAUUGGCUCAUUCCAAUACAAAAAUAAAAGAUGUCAAAAUGGUGAAUCUGUGAGAGUGCAGCUUUUAGUAGUAUUAUAUGUACGCACCGUGUGCAUUUUGUAAAACAAUGACUUUUCUAUUGCUAAAGUACCAUGUGAAAUUACUGUUGCUUUGAUCUAGUGUUUGAUGUGUCGCCAUGGGAGAAGCUUAAUAUGAUAUUUUCAUGUAUUCACUAAUUGUGGUAAUGGCAUGUAUUUUACCCAUAAUUAUUAUCGUGCAAUCUUUAAUAGGUAAUUUACAAGCGUGUGCAAAUUCCGUUAACUUUGCUGUUUUUGAUAUUUGUUUGUAUAUUUUUGUAGAAAAUGUGCUUUAUUGUAUGUUGAAAUUGACCCAGUGUUUAUGAAAUGUUACUAAAAGUAAUGUUUUAAUUUUAUCUAAGAUGUCUGAUGUCACAAAAAUUAAACUACUGAUUGAUUUUUCUAUGCUAUAGUUUAUCACAUUCGCAUUUUUUUUCUUUGAUCUUAUACAUGUGAAUUUGAAACACCAAGAACAUUUUUAUUUUUAGCAUGUUUUUUUAGAAGGAAACCCUUGAGGUGGUUUGACAGCUCUGAUGGUAGCUGUCAGGUUUCGGUGUGCAAAAAACUUCAACCUUGGUCAUUAUAAACCAAAUAAAUAACAAUGUUUUAAGUGUUCAAAUGAAACUUGGGACUCGUGUUGCCAGAGUGCUCAUGUAAGGCAACGCCCAUAUUACCUCAAACUUUAAUAAUUGAGCUAUUUUCCUUGUUUGUCUUGCAAAAAACACACAGGCAAGCGUUGGUAUCUCCAGGCUUGUGCUCUUGUAAUGUGUUGCCCAUUUUUUGACACAGAAAAAAAUAAACAUUUAAAAAAAAAUAAUUCUCAUCAUAAUUUUUAACUAAAAAAGUAUAUUUAAGUACUUACUAAAUGACUUAUUUCUUACCUCUUUAUUGUGGCAACGUCACAAACAAAUUGACACGUAGACUGCUGUAAUAUACAACAUAAAUUGUUUUAUAUGUAAAAACUGAAAUUGUUCAUGUAUAUUAUUUUUGUUUGAUGAGAUUGUUCACAUACUGUAUUACCAAAUUCCCAUUAUUAUACAAGAACAUGUAAGUUAUCUGAUUUGUGCUAUUAUAUACUUAUAUACGGUGUAAAAAUAAUAUAUGAUUAUAUGAUUUCAGAUUUGGUAAAAGUUUUGGGUACUAGUGUAUUAUCCCGACCCCACCUACAGUAUAAUAUGUUAAAUGUAUUUAUUAAGGAUAAGGGUUUUUCUUACAAGUAUACAAUUAAUCUACAUAAUACAUGUAGUAUAGUUUAGGUUCUGUACAAUGUAUGUUAUUUAAGUUAUUUUCGAAUGAAAUUUAUGAUGUUACAGUAUUUACUUCAUUACAGUUUGAGUACUUAAUUCACUUACAUUACAGUAUACAUGUUAUAAUAAUAAAACAGUAUUCUCAUUCAUGCAUGUUUAUAUAAGAGGUUUUAGAUACUCAAUUAUGUUAAUUUUGGAUUCCUGAUGACCCCAUUUCUGUUGAAAAGUGACAAAUCAGUAUAUUUGGUAGCAUUUACAAGAGUUUCAUGAGUUUAAUGGAUACAAAAAGAAAAUGUAAAAAUUAUAGCAAAUAAAUGAUUUCAAGCAUA